AUGAAAAAAUUUUUAUUUUUAUUUUUAUUUUUAUAUUUUUUUAUAAAUUUUAUCGAUUGUCAAACCUCCUAUAGCUGGAAUAUUGAUUAUAAUCUUAAUGAAAAUUAUUUCUUUCAAGAUCAAGCAAAUUGGCUUCCAGUUGGUGUCCCAGGAGCAUUAGAUGAUGCUACAGUUAUUAAUGGAGGUAUCGUUACAAAUUAUUUACAAAACACAAAGGUAAACAAAUUUAAUUUAUACGAUGGAUAUCUCAUUAACAUUGGUAUUAUGAAUAUCACUGAUAGCUUUACAAAUUUUGGUUUUGUUAUGUUAUACAAUGGUGGAGGGAUUGAAUCUAAAGAUUUUUCAACUAUGGGUUUAACCACCUGUUCGCAAUAUGACAAACAAAACGAAUUUGAUUGCUAUUUACAACAUUCGGAAAUUAAUAUGUUUAUAGGUAGUCGUUUUGAAGUUAAUGAUCUUGCUUCCCUAUCGUUAUACAAUGAUUCAAUUACAAUGAUCUCAAACUCUCGAAUUGUUUCUGGUUUAAAAAGCCAUAUUGCUUUAAAGGGUAAUGGUAUUAUAAUGAUGGAAGAAUCAUCAAUAGUUAACUCAAAGGGAGGAUCCUUUUAUUUUGAUAAUAACGUAACUUUAACUGAUACAGCAUACAUUAGAGUUUCUAAUUGUAUAAUAAAUCAGUUCGGAUAUAUGAGUUUUUUGGUAAAUUCAUCAAUGGUGUUAGAAGAUAAAUCAAAAUUGUAUUCAGAGGAUAGCUUAUGGGUGUUCGACGAUGGUUGUAUUGUUGUAAAUACCAGCUCUACGGCAUUCUUUAAAAAAGAGGUUUAUUUCGCAGAUUCUAGCUAUUUAUUUGUCACAGGUGGCUCAAUAGUUUGGAUUCAAGGAGAAUUAUUUGCAUCACUUGAAAGUAUUCUAUCUGCAUGGGAAGGUUCAGUUAUUUACAUUCAAAACAAUGCAACAUUUGGGUCAGUUAUUUUAGAAAGCUCAACUUUGAUUGUAGAAAAUACUUGUUUUAUUGAUGGUGUUCUCUUUAUAGAUCAUGGCAAAAUUGUUGUUAAUGGUGUUUUUACUUACAAUGCUUUAGCUGGCCUAUUUAUUAAUGCUACAGUUGAAAACACUGGUGAUUUCGAUUUAUUUGGUAAUAUUAUGGCUAAUUUUACAAAGUUUGAAAUCACUAAAGGUAAUUUUAAUGUCUAUGAUUAUGCAUUUUUAGUUCUUUAUGACUCAUCUGUUAAAGUUGAUGGUUUCAUCUACAUUUCAAAUGAAAGCUAUAUAGAAAUAGAAAGAACUGAUUUCUUUGUAUCAGAUAUGGGUCAAAUGGAAAGUAAAGGUAAUAUUUAUUUGAACCAAGAGACCAAUUUCAAUAAUGUUGGUACAUUAAAUAUUCAUUCUGGUAUUUACUAUACAAAAGAUUUAUCAAUUAAAACAAGCGAUGUUGCAGUUUCAAAUUCAGGCACUUUUAAUGUUAAAGAAAAGAUAAAUAUAAAUGUUGGAUUUAAUAACAAGGGUACAUUAAAUGUAAAUAAAAACGAAUUAUUUGUAUAUGACUAUAGUCAAACCAAUGGUUCCAUUCAAUUAUCUGGUGGUUCAAUUAGUAGCGAUAAGCAUUUUAAAAUUAAUGGUGGUCUUGUCGAGGGAAGUGGUUCCAUUAACAACUCUGUCUCUCAAACAAACGGUGUUAUUGGAUCUAAAAGUAAAAUUAAUAAUAUUAAAGUAAAUGGUAAUUUAAUAGCAACUGAAUCAAGUAAAAUGAUUUUUGUUGUCGACUCUAUUGAAUCUUUCAGUACAUUAGAUAUAUUAGAUGAUAUUGACUAUAAUGGUGAAAUUGAAAUUAGAUUUAGUAUCGACUUUAUUCAAGAUUUACAGAGUGGAAAAUUAAAAUUAGAAAAUAAAACAAGUCAACUAAAUACAAAUAAUUUACAAUUAGCCUCAUCAUCAUCAUCAUCAUCAUCAUCAUCAUCAGACGACUCUCUUAAAAUUAAUUUAAUUAAUUUUAAAAGUAAUAAAAACAAAAAUGGUUUAAAUAAUGUUUUAUUUAAAACUUAUGACCCCAAGAACAGUAAUGAUGAAGCUAAAAACUAUGAUGGUUGUGGUGUUUCAACAUCUAAAUCAGAUAAAUCCUUCUCACUUUUAUUUAAUGGAAAUAGCUGUGGAGGUGGCUCAAAAUUAAAGGGUGGAAUUAUCGCUGCAAUUGUAAUAUCAUGUGCUGUAGUUGUAGUUUUGGUAGCUUUAGUCGUCCAUUACCGUGAACGUUUAAGAUUCUUUUCAAAAACUUCAAAAGUAGGAACAAAAUUCAAGAGUUUUAGAAAAAGUAUAAGAAAUAGUGUAAGUUUAAAAUCAACAAAUAAAGAAAAUAAUGCUUAA